GACGGGGCGGGCGACGAGAGGGCUGCACCAGGCCGCCCUGUCCGGGCUCAGAGCGAGCCUGCCUUUGCUUGGGCGAGCGCCAUGGCCCGGAGGAAGGUGUCGCUCUGUAGCUGGCUGGGCUUCGUGGCUCUCCUGGCGAUUUUCCUGCUGGGGAUCUUGGUGGGAUGGUGUGUGAAGUCAGUAAACAAACCAGCUGGCACAACACGGGCCUUUCGAAAUGCAAGAAGGCAACUUUUCACUGAAAUAAAAGCAGAAAACAUCCAGGAGUUUCUACGCUCUUUUACCAAGCUCCCUCACGUGGCAGGAACAGAACAGAAUCUUCACCUGGCAAGACAAAUACAAGCCCAGUGGAAGGAAUUUGGACUGGAUGCAGCUGAGCUGGUUCAUUAUGAUGUUCUGCUUUCCUACCCAAAUCAAAGUGCCCCCAAUUAUGUGACUAUUACCGAUGACCACGGAAAUGAGAUUUUCAACACAUCACUAUUUGAGCCCCCUCCACCAGGAUAUGAAAAUGUUUCAGGAGUGCUGCCACCUUAUAAUGCUUUUUCACCACAAGGCACACCAGUGGCAGAUCUGGUAUAUGUAAAUUACGGACGCACUGAAGACUUUUUCAAACUAGAGCGGGAGAUGGGAAUCAACUGUACAGGAAAGAUUGUCAUUGCCCGAUAUGGGAAAAUAUUCAGAGGAAACAAGGUUAAAAAUGCCAUGUUAGCUGGAGCUAAAGGGAUUAUCCUUUACUCAGACUCUGCGGAUUACUGCGCACCUGGAGUCAAUCCCUAUCCAGACGGGUGGAAUCUCCCUGGAGGAGGAGUUCAGCGUGGGAAUGUCUUAAACCUCAACGGUGCAGGAGAUCCCCUUACUCCAGGGUAUCCAGCCAAAGAAUACACCUUCAGGUAUGAAGUUGAUGAUGGAGUAGGGAUUCCCAAAAUCCCAGUUCAUUCCAUUGGAUACCACGAUGCUGAAAUACUAUUACGGUCCAUGGGAGGCCCUCCACCUCCAGAUGAGAGUUGGAAGGGAAAUCUCAAUGUGUCCUACAACAUCGGGCCUGGGUUUUCUGGCACCCACUCCAUGAGAAAAGUCAGGAUGCAUGUUCACACCAUCAAUAAAAUCACACGAAUAUACAAUGUUAUUGGGACCAUCAAAGGAGCAGUAGAACCUGAUAGGUAUAUCAUUUUUGGAGGCCAUAGGGAUUCUUGGGUCUUUGGUGGUAUCGACCCAACCACAGGGGCAGCAGUUCUCCAAGAAGUUGCUCGGAGUUUUGGCAAGUUGGUGAUGAAAGGUUGGAGACCUAGAAGAACUAUCAUUUUUGCCAGUUGGGAUGCAGAAGAAUUUGGGUUAUUAGGUUCCACUGAGUGGGCAGAGGAGAAUGCCAAAAUCCUUCAGUCACGGGCUGUAGCUUACAUCAACACGGAUUCUUCUAUAGAAGGUAACUACACCUUAAGAGUUGACUGUUCUCCCCUUCUCAAUCACCUGGUGUACAAUCUGACAAAAGAGAUCGCAAGCCCUGACGAAGGGUAUGGAAGCAAAUCUCUCUACGAAAGCUGGCUUGAGAAGGACCCUUCCCCAGAACGUAAGCAUCUGCCCAGGAUAAACAAACUUGGAUCAGGAUCAGAUUUUGAAGUUUUCUUCCAGAGGUUGGGGAUUGUGUCGGGCAGAGUGCGGUACACUAAGAAUAGGAAAAUAGACAAAUUCAGCAACUAUCCUGUUUAUCACACCACGUACGAGACCUUUGAAUUAGUUGAGCGGUUUUAUGACCCCGCUUUCAGGAAGCAUCUUGCCGUCGCUCAGCUCCGGGCAGGCUUGGUCUAUGAACUUGCCAAUUCCCAGCUCCUUCCUCUCCAUUGUCAAGAUUAUGCAGAAGCUUUAAGGACCUAUGCCAACGGAAUCUAUGAUCUGGCCAAGAAGCACAAAGCACACCUUGAAAUGCACCACGUAUCAUUUGAUCCACUCUUUUCUGCCGUGACUAAUUUCACAGAGAGAGCAGCAGACUUUCACCACAGAUUGUCACAGCUUGAUAAGAACGAACCCAUUACUGUGCGGCGCAUGAAUGAUCAGCUGAUGCUUCUAGAGAGAGCAUUCAUCGAUCCCCUUGGCUUGCCAGGCAGGCGGUUUUACAGACACAUCAUCUUUGCUCCAAGCAGCCACAACAAGUAUGCAGGCGUGUCCUUCCCUGGAAUCUAUGAUGCCAUGUUUGAUAUUGACAGCAGGACAGACCAACACAAAGCAUGGGAGGAAGUCAAGAGACAAAUCUCUAUUGCAGCCUUCACAGUUCAGGCUGCUGCAGAGACACUAAGAGCUGUCAUGUAGGAUGGUGGCAGUAGCAGCAGGACUGAAAAUAGAAGCAAUCCAUUUGCAUUACAUGCCCAGAAAAUUGAUCCCUCUCAAAGCUGAUAUAAUCUUCAAACAGCACACCAUGAUGCGACUUUCCUAGUUACUUUUGCUAUUCAUGAACAGAAAGACCUAUCAAGGGGAUGGAAAGUUAAAAGUCUUUUCUUCCUCCCCCAUCCCCCAAAUACUACGCUCCUUCUCUCUUAGGCUGCAAAUCCUAAUUCCGCUUAAUCUGCAAGUAAGGCCCCUUACAUUCAAUGGGCCUUACUUCUGAAUAGACAGGGUUAGGACUGCAGCCUUAAUUUCAGCUCUCUUGGACACUGACUUAGGUCUGACUUUGAGCUAGCUUUCAGAGGUAGAUGUAAAUAUACAGCCUAUGAAUAGGGAGUUUUUAUUUAGCUAUCAUAGGAGAAUAGGACAGGUCAACAGCUCUUAACAAGGAUAGCAAAAUAGAAGUUCCAUCUUCAAAGGCAGUACAAAUAUCAGUUGCUGGCAGGCAACAACGCAGGAAAGCUAUUCCUUUUGUACGUGCUUGUAGGCUUCCCAGAAGCAUCUGGCUGGUCCCUUAGUGAAAUAGGAUGAUGGACCUUUGAUACGAUCCAGCAGAACUCUUAUGGCGUUCUCCUGCCCAUAAAUUGAGGUCAUUGCUAUCCUGCUGUAAGUUAUAUUUGGGUUUUUUUGAGAGAGGUGGGGGAGAGAGGAGACAGGCUUUUUCCUGAAUACAUAUGCUACCCUUUGAAACAAAAGCAGCAGUGUAGGCAGGGCUCAGAUUGACCCACCAGCUGACUUGUAAUUGCACAGCUCCUCUUUAUGGUAGUGAAAAUGUUACUGCCACUUAGCAAGUUCGUCUAUACUAAUAAUUGCUACAGCUAAGAACCUGUUCAAAUGCUGCAUCUCCCCAGCAACCCUCUUCACUACUGGUGACCUUUUGAGCAAUCACAGCCUAAACUACCUCACAGAGUUGUUUAUUAUAAUACGGCAGCAUGGAGGACAGCCCCUAAUAUGCUACCCUAAGAUACUUGGGAGGAAGGGUGGGACAAGUAUAUAAUAAACAAGUACUUAAAGAGGAUCUUCUUUGCUGCCUACCAGCUUGUUUCCAAUUCAAAGUGCAGGUUCUGGCCUCUAAAUUCCUAAAUGUUGUUUUGAAUCAGCUUGUGUACUAAGGUCCUCUUCCUAAGGACUUCAGAUCAACACUAUUUUGACCAACUUCUCGUGCAGUAUUGCCUACUCUGGCUGGCAGCACCUCCCCAUGACCUCAGGCAGAGGGUCUUUCCAAUCACCUGCUACCCACUCCUUUAAAAACAAAGGAACUUGGAGAUGCCAGGGACUGAACGUGGGGCCUUCUGCAUGCACCUAUUGAGCUAUCAUCCCACUCCCCCCAAUUCUUGUUUCAAAGGCUCUCUGCUUCUAUUAACAGGUGACCUUUAUUCCCAAGUAGCUCAUCUACACUUCUAGCUCAGACUGGUGGAAACAAUACUUUUUAAUUAGACAGUGCUACUUCUGGAAGUUUUAAGCACUCACAGGUCACUGCAAAUCUGUCCCAAGUCAGCUCCAAAGCUCUCAUUUACAGCAAAGCGUGCAGCUGCCAGUGGUUUUGAUACAGCAGAAAAUUAUCUGUUUGCAGCACCAGUCCACCAUUUACAGUUUAACUUUGCCUGGAACAACCUUUUCACUCAGAAGCCCAGCUGGAUAGCAAGCUGUUUCACUUUGCGUUCAUUCAACACUACUCACUAUGUUCAUCUAAUUCCACUGUUUCUUCCCUGACUCUUCAAAAUUUGUAACCUCCACCUCAAUAGUGCUAUGGCCUGUAUGAAAUACACAAAAACACAUCUAGGCUACUGUAGAAUAUUUUUUUUUUUAAAUCACACAGUAGAGACUGGAAAGAGGGAUUCCAUUCAAAUCAGUGAUAGCACCUGGAUGCAGGAUAAAAAUGAACAGUGAAAUGGCUCUGAAAUGCUGUUCAAUUUUUGCUAUGGCUAUACCUAUAGCGUUUCUUUAAAAGUCACAGUGCACAAGGUACACUCUAUAUUGUUUUACCAGUGUAAGGAAAGCCAUUAAGCUGUGCAAGGGAUGUUUUUUGUCUGGGACAGGCCGAACAGAAGGCAGAAAUACUGAAAUAAAUCUUCACUGAGUUUGUGGAAUUAGGACUCCUGAUAUGUAACAAAACUUGUUCAAACACAGGGGAAAAAACCCUACACACUCCCCCCCUGUUGAAAUGAGAAACUGAAUAAAACCAACUUCAUCUUAACUGUUUAUUCCAUAAAUUUACAAAAAGGUCUGAAGGCACGAGACCUUUAACAAACAUUCUUUAUCAACAAAAAAAUAAAACAGACAUCCAUGCAGGGCAAAAUACCACAAAGGAGGGGGAGGAAGAACAGUAAAUAAAAGAAGAACUUCUAGUGUUCCAGACACCUAUUUUUUCAGUUUCUAUAUACAAAUAAAAUUCCUGGUUGUAAUAUGGAAAAACUCAAUUAACUGUUGUGUAUAUAUAUAUAUAUUAAAAAACACAUGCUAUAA